AUGUCCUCUUCAACGCUACAAGACUUUUGGGAUUUCUCGAAUCGUUUCUGCAAUGGAAAUGAUUUCAUUUUAUUCACUCUUUAUACGAAUGCACUCACCAUUUUCGUCUAUCUUCUUGUCAAUAUCCCAUUCGUUAUUUUGGAUUUCAUUCAACCCGCAUUCGUGCAACAGUACAAGAUUCAAGGGAAGAAAUACGUAACAUGGGAGAAAUUCGCUUCGACUUUCCCCCUGAUUGUCUUCAACUCGACUGUGGUCGCCCUGUGCACCUCGUCGUUAUUUUAUGUGCUCGGAACGUACACAGGAGUAUCGUUUGCCAGAGAAGUCCCCUCUUGGCUCACGAUCAUCCGCGAUAUGAUCCUUGCCAUUUUCGUCGAGGAAUUCGGUUUCUACUACACCCAUCGUUUACUCCAUCAACCAUUCUUCUACAAGCGGAUUCACAAAAUCCAUCAUCGAUGGACGGCCCCAAUUUCCAUUACAAGUGUUUAUUGUCAUCCGCUCGAGCACGCGCUCUCGAAUUUGACGCCUGUUUUGUUGGGUCCAACCCUUGUCGGCGCUCACGUGGUCACUUUCUGGAUCUGGUUCACCGUUGCCGUCACCUCGACAACAAUUUCCCAUUGUGGAUACGAUUUUCUUUCAUGGGCACCUCAACAUGAUUAUCAUCAUGCUGCCUUUAACGAGAAUUUCGGUGUCCUCGGCCUUCUCGACACAAUCCACGGCACGAACACGACUUUCCGAAAGUCUACUACCGGUAAUGCAAAAAAGGAUAAA